GUUUUUAUUUUUAUUGCAAGCACAAAUUUGUCAUUCGAGAAUUUUUCAUGUAAAUACGUAAAAAAAAUAGAGAAAAAUGCCUGCCUAACGAAUAAAACUUUGUUUAGUCGUUACAUACUGGAAUAUCCCUUGUAUUAUCAAAUAUCAGUUUCGAUAGUUCGAUAAUUCACUACACGUAUAAGAAAGACGCCGGCUGGAAGAAAAAGUAAUAUGUCCGCUUCAGUGAGCAGUAAGAGCACCGUGGUAUCCUCCAUCAUCUCGGGCCUCCUGAGCAUUGUUUUGUUCGGCACACUGCGUUUCUGCUCAGAAUGGUUUAACGACUCGCAGCUGAGGGUCCUUUUGGGCGGAUACCUCUUCUCCUGGGUGUUCAUCCUGAGCCUCACGUGCGUCUCCAACGCGGAGAUGGUUGUUUUCGGCCAGGACUUCCAGGCCAAGCUGCUACCAGAGAUUAUUUUCUGUCUCUCACUCACGGUGGCCGCCGCGGGACUCGUGCAUCGUGUCUGCGCCACCACCAGUGUUCUCUUUUCCCUGGUGGGGCUCUACUUCCUUAACAGGAUCUCCACGAAGUAUUACUCCGUUCAGGUGCCCAGCGUGGAUGCUCCUACGACGAGAAAGGGCGGAAAGAAGUUCAAAUGAACCAUUCGUCUGCUUCUUAUUUCAUUACUAACACAUUCGAAUACCUAAUCUUUAAUAACCUUUAAUAAAUAACUAACUUAU